AUGGAACAUAACAACAACGGCAACAACAAGUGCAGAUACUCAAACUCCGACACAACUACCGCCACCGGACAGGUUAAGUACAGAGGCGUACGGAGGCGCCCGUGGGGCAAAUACGCGGCCGAGAUACGUGAUUCGGCUCGGCACGGGGCACGGGUUUGGCUUGGGACAUUCGAAACGGCCGAGGAGGCGGCUCGGGCCUACGACCGAGCCGCCUACGCCAUGAGAGGCUCAUUGGCUAUCCUGAAUUUCCCCCACGAGUACCCCACGGGUAGACAUUCCGGCGGGGCCUCCUCCUCCGCGGCCGCGGCCACAGCUGCUACUUCCUACGGCGGAGAUGGCGGGAAGGAAGUGAUAGAGUUUGAGUAUUUGGAUGAUAGUUUGUUGGAGGAGCUCCUAGAAUACGGGGAGAGUUAUGGUAAAAACACUCCUAACGAAGAUUAA